AGGAGACAGACGGACGACUCACCUUUGUCCCAAACACUGAGAUACACGUUUGUUCUCACCGAACCAAAGAUCCGAUAAUGAAGGGCCAGUGAAGGGCUGAUCAUGGCCCGAACAAAUAGUACUGUGCUGACACUGGCUCUCCGUUAUAUCGCUAUCGUCCUUUUCCUAUAGAGAAAGAUGUGUUACUAUGAUCCUUGCCCCAGCCCUUAACAGGCUCUGUACUUUGUGGCCAUCCAACGUCCGCGGCAACAUCCGGGGUGCUUCUUGAUGCGCUUGAACGGAAACGUGACCAGUGUGGCAAUGUGGCUUGAACAGGACGCGUAGUAGACGAACCAACAAACCGGCCACUCUUGCCACACCCCUCCUUUGUUCGUCAUGUCUCACCAAGCCCCACAUCCCGAUCCAGACGACUUCUACAAACCGUACGCCGCAGCAUGUUUCAACUAUAUGUCCCGAACCUUCCAGUGCUCCGCCACAAUCUAUUCAGAGACCAGUAGAAAAAUACUGGUGUUCCAGGACUUCAUCCUACACAUCCUCCGCCGCGGUCGACUUCCACCGGACGUCGCCUGCACCGCGCUCUUUCUCCUCCACCGCCUGAAACUCAAGUACCCUGCCGCCGUAUCCCCGCGGGACGGCUCACCCGUAUUCGUCGCCGCGUUGAUCCUCGCACACAAGGCGCUGCAGGACGAGUCGUACGGAGUUUCCUCCUGGGCCACGAUGACGCAGGGUAUCAUGGCGAUCCGCAAUAUCAACCAGUACGAGCGCGAGCUCCUCGCGCACUUGGAGUUCGAGACGCAUAUUAGGCCGAAGGAGCUGAAGGGCUUUGCGCGGUUCAAACAAGAGAUUGAUUGGCCGGAUCAAGAACCGCUCAGUCCUAGUACUACUGUGGCGGAGGCCUCUGACUCCGAUGAACGACCGACCUCGGUGCUGGAAGUCGCUAAGGAGGCCUAUGAAGCGCAGCCCUUCAUCCCUCCAAACCCUUUGGAUGAGGUGGAAAGUAUUCCAGGCCCCGGGUCUUCUCGCUUGUAUCUCAUCUCUACCCCUCAAGCUUCAAGUAUCUCGCUCGAUAGCGGAGGCGCCAAAGCAGGACCUCGUUCGACGUUGCCACACGCUGGUAGACCUCCAGUCCAGCGCAUGCACACUGACCCGCCCGCCCUCGAAGAAUCCCGGCUCGCUCGAGCCACAUCAAACCCGUCGCUCGCCUCUGCUAUGACUUUUUCACCGACUUUCUUUGCGCGGCUCAGUGAGCACCACGCUCGGGUGACUAGGAGCGCCGGACAGUCCCCGCAGGAUCCCACUCGACGGCCUCUCGCCCAUGGCGGUCACUCUAGUCUCGGAAAUAUGAACGGUAGUAUACGCCGUCCGACCUAUGGCGAACGCGCUAUGACCUGGUCUGCGCCCAACGGAACACCUGCUACGGUUCUUCCAAGCUUGGGUAAUGAGGAAGUUGCGGAUCAGCUGAUCGUGGAGUCUAGGAAGGACGAGGAGGAUAGCGAUGUAAUCAGGGCCUACGGUGCUCCUACGAGGUGGUGA